AUGACUCAACAACUUGAAAUGACAGAUUAUGUUGCAACUAGGUGGUAUCGUGCUCCGGAGCUAUUAGUCGGUGAUCGACAAUAUGGUACAGCUGUAGAUGUUUGGGCAAUUGGAUGUGUCUUUUGUGAAUUAUAUUCGGGUGUGCCAUUAUGGCCUGGAAAGUCGGAUGUUGAUCAACUUUAUUUAAUUCGUAAAACUCUUGGUAAUCUUAUCGAUAAGCAUGUAGCUAUAUUAAAAAGUAAUCCUCAUUAUAAAAAUGUUCACAUUCCUGAACCGGACACAAUCGAACCGCUAGAACAAAAGUUUCCCUAUGUAUCCGAGCGAAGUCUUGAUUUUAUGAAAAGCUGCUUAGUGAUGGAUCCUGAAAAGCGUUUAACAUGUGGUCAACUAUCACAACAUCCAUAUUUUGAUGGUUUUACCAAUGAAUUUGAACGCGAAAGAAAGGAACAGCAAAAACAUUUACAUCGUGAACAACAAAAAUUAUUACAACAGCAGGCUAAAAUUCAAAAUAAUGUGUAUGUCACAGGAACAAAACAACAGAAUCAAGGACAUUUUCCAUCCCUUUCUCGCAAUCAAGAUCAUGACGGAAAUAAUACACCGGCGUCCGAUGAUCGUGGUGGACGCAACUUUCAUUUACCCAAUAUCUGUAUGAGGAAAUUUUCCCAAAUUGCAAUUGCUUUUUUUCUCACGAUACAUACAUUUUUUUUUCUAACACCCAAAACACUUCCAAGUUUGACGGGCAUAACAGGAACACAAUAUGCCAAUGUUCAUACAACAUCGAAUAACCCCGGAGACUAUUUAAGACCAAGUCGACUUGAAAUUUACCUCGAUUCUGAUCAACGUAUAAAUGUAAACAAAACACGUUUUGGAAAUACUCAACAUCCAAGUGUACCAGCAGCAAGUGUUGUUAAUGAUCCAGAUUUAUCAAUAAAACCAUCACCACAAACAAAACGUUUAGCAUAUGGAGAAAAUUAUACGCAUUUGCCAAAUAUUUAA